GACAGCGUGACGCGAUCGACGGUAUUCCCGGAAGUGUGUCGCUCUCUCUGGCUUCGCCGCCGCUCCCUCAUCGUCGCGCCAUUGAGAAGUCAGGGAAGCUUUCUCUAACCUAUCGACUCGCAGUACCCGCAGGUCCACGCUGUCAAUCAUGGCCGAGCAGGAGCCCACACCAGAGCAGCUAGCCGCUAUCGCAGCCGAGAACGAAAACAGCGAGUCUGUCAACUACAAGCCGCCAGCCCAGAAGAGCCUUCAAGAAAUCCAGGAGCUCGACCAAGAGGACGAAAGCCUCCGCAAGUACAAGGAGGCGCUACUGGGCAGCUGCAAUGUUAUUGCAGCAGAUCCCAGUGCUCCCAAUGUUCAGGUGACACGGCUAACUCUCAUGUGCGAGACUGCUCCUGCCCCGCUGACCCUUGACCUGCAAGGUGAUCUGGAGUCCUUUAAGAAGCAGUCGUUUGUGCUGAAGGACGGAGUGGAGUACAGGAUAAAGAUCAGCUUCAAGGUAAACAAAGAGAUCGUCUCCGGGUUGAAGUACGUACAGCAGACCUUUAGGAAAGGGGUCAAGAUUGACAAGUCUGACUACAUGGUGGGCAGCUAUGGGCCUCGGCCGAAUGAAUACGAAUUCCUGACACCCUUGGAGGAGGCACCCAAAGGCAUGCUGGCCCGCGGCACUUACAACAUUAAAUCCAAGUUCACUGACGACGACAAGCACGACCACCUGUCCUGGGAAUGGAACCUGAACAUCAAGAAGGACUGGAAAGAUUGAGCUGUUUCCAAACCCCCAUUUUCCUUCUUGCCAUCCUCCUAUUUCUUCCCUCCCUCCCUUUCUUCCUCUCGAACCUCCUCCAGUUCCCUCCAUCAUCAACAUCAUCAUCAUCAUAAUCUUGGAUUAACUGCUUAACCGAUUUAAAGGAAAAGGAUCUUUCUCACUCUGUCCAUUUUCCUACAGUUUUCUUCCCUCCCUCCAUAUUCCUAUCCCUUUCCCUCCCAAUGAGUAUUGAGGCUUUUCAUGAAAUAUAUAUAUAUAUGUGAAAACAAACAAAAACGUGCACAAUCCAUAUUUUGUGUUUUGGUUUGUUUGUAUAUAAAAGUAAAAACCGAGGAAAAAAAAAAUUCAAAAAACCUCAUGAAUACUAUUGACAUGGUUGUUAUAAGUAAUCUUCACUGCCCCCCGUCUUCCUCUUGUGUCCUAAACCCUUCCCCCUGUUUAUCCCGCGUCAUUCUUUUCUCUGACAUUCCUUGUUUUCUUUUUAACCAUGAUCUGCCUUUAUGAGUGAAAUGGGAGAAGGUGCCACUUACUGAUAUUUUUCCACUGGCAUUCCCUCACAACUCAAAAGUUUGCCUUUGCCCAGAGGGAACGUGUCGAUGCCUUUGAGAUGAGCCUAGGGUUAGCGUAGCAUGGGUAACUGUAGAAAUGUUAGCGAUAUGGCGGAGCAGGUCUUUACUAGGCUCUCGGUGUGAAUGCGUGUGUCCAAAUAUGGUU